AAUGGCUGUUUGAAGGUUGGAGGUGGGGGGUAAAGCUGGAGAACUGUGAGGGGGAGGUGAUGUUGGAAUUCUUCCAGCAUGAAACACCGGCCUCAAAAUGACAGGAAAGAUUCAGGUCCGAGCUCUGGAGGACUGUAUAGAUCAGGGAUCCUGAACAGCCAAGCAGGAAGAGGAUCGGAAAUGCAGAAAGAAUUUGUCACCAUGCAUACAGGCAUCAACCAUCACCACGCAUCGUCAUUAAAUGGAAUUGUAGGAGAAAGCAUGGAUUCACAUCCUGCUUUAUUUGGGACUCCAGAGAGCAUGCCACGUCCUUCCAAAGAUGGAGAAGUUAAAAUUCAGGUGGAAGCACCUGAAGACCAGCGCAGCAGAUCUGGGGUAGAUACCCAGCAUUCAAACUUUUCUCAUUCUCACAGUCACUCACAUUCUCCUCCAAGGUCAGAGGGUCCUGCUGGACAAAGAUCUGAACUAGAUGACAGGGAAUCCACUAGCUCAAUUUCAGAACUUCGGUCCAUCUUUCUGUGGCUUCAGAAGAGUCUCCCAUAUAUUCUUAUCGUCUGUGCCAAACUGGUUUUUCAGCAUGCACUAGGUAUUGCAGUCGGUGUUGGACUGUGCAUAACUUUCCUUUAUGCAAACAAGAUAAUUAUAAAUCAGGUCUUCCUCCAGGAGCGCCGCUCUAUAUUACAGUGUAGUUGGUUACUUGCAUUUCUAACAGCCUCCACGUUUCUCCUCUAUGACACUUUUCGGUCCCAGUCACUCUUCUACAGUUUAAUCUUUUUGCAUCCAAAUGUUGAUCCUAUUGAAUUCUGGGAUGUGUUGUGGAUCGUGGGAACUGCAGACUUCAUAUUGAAGUUCCUGUGUAUGGGAUUAAAGUGCCUUAUCCUAUUGAUACCUUCGCCACUGAUGCCAUUCAAGUCAAGGGGUCAAUGGUAUAUGGUUAUUGAAGAAGUGAGCCAAUUUCACCGCUCACUCAUACCCUUACCAGUUUGGUCUUGGUACCUAAUUGGUAAUAAAGAAUCAGAUGGUUUCACAAUCUGGACUCUUGGUAUUCUAUUAAGUUUGUUCUACCUCAUUCUCAAGCUCCUUGGCAUUUAUGAGCGGUGGAACAAUUUUAAGAGGGCUUUGAAGAGUUUAAUCCACAAACAGCACUAUGGGAUUGCAGCCAGCAAGCUUCAGUGCAAUGAGGCUGGAGAUAUUUGCCCCAUCUGUCAGACAGAAUUCAGAGAACCUCUUCUCCUCAUCUGUCAGCACAUAUUCUGUGAAGAGUGCAUAUCACUCUGGUUCAACAGAGAAAAAACUUGCCCCUUGUGUCGAACUGUCAUCUUGGACUACAUUCAAGCCUGGCGCGAUGGUGCAACCUCUACCCAUCUACAAAUUUAUUAACAAGUUAAUCAAGUUACCUUGGACAACUGCAUUGAAAUAGGACAGUGUGCAACCAAGGCAUUCUAACAAUUAAGUACAAAGGAAAACGUAUGAAAAAAAAUGUAGUAAUAAACACGUUAAAUGCU